CCAUGGGGACCUGGAUGCUGACGAAGGCUCGCGAGGCUGCGAGCAGCCACAGUGCCCUGCUCAGAAGCUGGGGGCUCCUCAGUUAAGCCGGUUCUAGGCUCUCACUCGGCAGCAGGGGCAGGCGAGUGGCUCCUGGUUCUGGGAGCAGAACAGCAGUGCCCCAGCCCUGGUCCUCCAGCCCUGAGCCUCGCCUGCCCGCCCGGCACCAGGAUGGCCACCAUCACCUGCACCCGCUUCACGGAAGAGUACCAGCUCUUCGAGGAAUUGGGAAAGGGAGCCUUCUCGGUGGUGCGCCGGUGUGUGAAGGUGCUGGCUGGCCAGGAGUAUGCUGCCAAGAUCAUCAACACCAAGAAACUCUCAGCCAGAGACCAUCAGAAGCUGGAGCGUGAAGCCCGCAUUUGCCGCCUGCUGAAGCACCCCAACAUCGUGCGGCUCCAUGACAGCAUCUCGGAGGAGGGGCACCACUACCUGAUCUUCGACCUGGUCACCGGCGGGGAGCUGUUUGAGGACAUCGUGGCCCGGGAGUACUACAGUGAGGCUGACGCCAGCCACUGCAUCCAGCAGAUCCUGGAGGCCGUGCUGCACUGCCACCAGAUGGGGGUGGUGCACCGGGACCUGAAGCCGGAGAACCUGCUGCUGGCCUCCAAGCUCAAGGGCGCUGCGGUGAAACUGGCAGACUUUGGCCUGGCCAUAGAGGUGGAGGGGGAGCAGCAGGCAUGGUUCGGGUUUGCCGGGACGCCUGGAUACCUCUCUCCAGAAGUGCUGCGGAAGGACCCGUACGGGAAGCCCGUGGACCUGUGGGCCUGUGGAGUCAUCCUGUACAUCCUGCUCGUGGGCUACCCCCCGUUCUGGGAUGAGGACCAGCACCGCCUGUACCAGCAGAUCAAAGCCGGCGCCUAUGAUUUCCCAUCACCAGAGUGGGACACCGUUACUCCAGAAGCCAAGGAUCUCAUCAAUAAGAUGCUGACCAUCAACCCGUCCAAACGCAUCACGGCCGCCGAGGCCCUCAAGCACCCCUGGAUCUCGCACCGGUCCACCGUGGCCUCCUGCAUGCACAGACAGGAGACCGUGGACUGCCUGAAGAAGUUCAACGCCAGGAGAAAACUGAAGGGAGCCAUCCUCACCACGAUGCUGGCCACCAGGAACUUCUCUGGAGGGAAGAGUGGAGGGAACAAGAAGAAUGAUGGUGUAAAGAAAAGAAAGUCCAGUUCCAGCGUUCAGUUAAUGGAAUCUUCAGAGAGCACCAACACCACCAUUGAGGACGAAGACACCAAAGUGCGGAAACAGGAAAUUAUAAAAGUGACAGAGCAGCUGAUUGAAGCCAUAAGCAAUGGAGAUUUUGAGUCCUACACGAAGAUGUGUGACCCUGGGAUGACAGCCUUCGAACCUGAGGCCCUGGGGAACCUGGUCGAGGGCCUGGACUUCCAUCGAUUCUAUUUUGAAAACCUGUGGUCCCGGAACAGCAAGCCUGUGCACACCACCAUUUUGAACCCCCACAUCCAUCUGAUGGGCGACGAGUCGGCCUGCAUCGCCUACAUCCGCAUCACUCAGUACCUGGACGCCGGCGGCAUUCCCCGCACGGCUCAGUCGGAGGAGACCCGCGUCUGGCACCGCCGGGAUGGCAAAUGGCAGAUCGUCCACUUCCAUAGAUCUGGGGCGCCCUCUGUCCUGCCCCAUUGAAGGACCAGGCAGGGGCGCUGUACUGCAGAGAGCUACUGGUGUCCGUCUGUCCGUGGAAUGUCGCCGCUGGUUCUCCCACCUUGGAUUUUGCUGGAAUUCCCCCACUCACAUCCUCCCACCACCACCAUCACCGCCACUGUCAUACCUGCAUCAAGAGCACCUGCCCACAAAGCCUUCACGUCUUCAGAGCAAAUGGCCACAUCUCCCUGCCGCCCGCCAGUCUCAGUCUCCGUCCCCAGCCAGGGCAGAGCUUCCUCAGGCCUGGGAGCCCUGGGUGCUGGCCCUGAGGACCCCCCGCCUGGCUGCCAUUGGCCUGAUUUGCCUUGGCGGCAGAAUGCCCAGCUGUUCGUGCACCCAGGAGCUGGAGAGAGGAAGAGGUGGAGUCAGGAGAUCCCUGAUCUCUCUCCUCUUCCAGGAUUCCUCUGGGGAAGGCAGAUGAACCUGCAACCCCUGAACCCACUUCCCCCAUGGGAGAGAGAGAGAGAGAGAGAGAGAGAGAGAGAGAGAGAGAGAGAGAGAGAGGAGAGCGGAGCAGAUGCCAGGAGCCUCCUGCCUCAGACGGCCUCCCUACCUCUUCUCCUGUCCCAUCCUGGCCUCCAGGCCCAGCCUGACACUUCUCCCUCAGUGUGCAGAGCGCGAUCCUCUCAGGGUGCCCCCACUCUCCUCCUCCUUCCUUCUCUGACGUUUACCUCCAUCUCUAACCACCCAUUCCACCCCCCCCCCCCCCCCAUCGGGCCCGGGGAAUUCCAGCUUCAUCACAGCCGAGGGAGAAAACCUGAAUGCUUUUUGGGGGCAAAAGAAAGCAACGCCUAGGUUAUCUCUUCUCCUUGGACCGCAUGCCUUUUUAUAGCCAAAUCCUGUGUGUUUCGUAAAUGGGUUUCACGUUCAUUGAUAUUUAUGUCAUAACUAGACCUCUCAGUGAUUGUAAAGGAGGGUUGGGCUGGGUUGGGAAGGGCAGAGGGAAGAGGACAGAGGGAUAAGCUCUUUUUCUGUCCGUUCACUUAUUAUUUUUUUUUAAUAUCAUCUCUGAAAUGGGUGUGGUCACCAUUGGUUCCCCAGCCUCAGUGAGAGGCACCUCCCCAGAAUUUUGGACCCCAGGUUCUUCUCAGGACUGCGUCAGGUGUGAGUGCCGAUAAGAAACAGGACGUGGGGGCAGAGAGCCUGGGGGAGGUCCUCAGGAUGGAAGGACCUGGACUUUUCUCUGUUUGCCUCCCACACGGGAGUCCUCACGACCACGCUUCCCGAGCGUUCAUCCCAGCUCAUCUGUGUGCCACCCCCGGCGGCCUCCCCCGGCUCUGGCGGAGGGCCGUGAGCAUGUGUCUUCCUCACCCACCCCCUCGGUAUCCGCCGGUCUAAGCAGAGCACCGGGACAUCUCCUCUCCACGCCUCGUCCUGCCGCCGCCGUGGGCCUCAUCGCUCCCUCCUCUUUUCUUUUCCUUCCUCUCGCCCUCUUCCCUGGGGCGGACUCUGAUGUAGAAGGCCUUGGCACAUCCACGAGGACCUACUGUCUGCACUAUUUUCUUUGCAUGACUUUAUAUGCAGUAAGUAUGUUGAAAAAAAACACAGAAAAGAAGAAAAAUCACAGCAAAAAACAAUCUACAUGUUUUGGACAAAAAAAAAAAAAAAAUAGAGGCUGUAUUCUCAGUGUCUGACUCAGAAAUAUGUCGCUGCCUCUCUGUGCUUCUGGCCUCUGUGUGGCCACAUGUUGCCAGCAUGAGAUACCGUCCCGUCCGGAGGAUUUUAGGGGAGGAAGAGCCACAUCCCCAAGGCUUUGGAGGAGGCACUGGUUCCCCCAAACCUCCCGGGAGUCCUGGGGGGUAGGUGGAGCAGGACUGAUGGGGAUAUUUGAUCCAGACCUUUCUGAGCUUUCCCCGAUUGUGGGCUCUUCUCUCAAUGGCCGACGCUCUGGGGACAGGUGAGGCGGGCAGGUUGGGGCCACAGGCCAGUACAGAGGCUGCCAAGGCCUCCUGGUCUCCAAGCUGGUCGAUCAGUAGCCUCCGUUCUUGGUAGAGACCCUGCUGCCGAGGCCCAGGGGUGGGCAGUGGCUUGCCCCGGGCCCAGAGGGUUUCCCAGUAAGGCCCACUGAUCCCAGCAUCCCAGCCGCAAAGAUGCCUGCCUCCCAGGGAGCUGGGAGCCGCCAGCUCCCACGGCCAUCCCCAAGCCAGAGGUGUGGCCUUCACCAGGGAUGCUGCCACCCUCAAGGUCAAGUCUGGUCCCUCCUUCAGCCUUGGUUUCCCCUUCAGGUAUAGGGGUGACAUAUUCCUGCCCGGCCUGUGUCGCAGGGCUGAUGGGAAAAUCCAAUGGGGUGGUACCAUUGAUAGGGUUAGUCACUGGCUGGACUCCCAUUCUGAGCCUUGCCAGUCCCCUCCCCCGCCUGCCCUGUCAUUCUCCUCGUUGGUGCCUGUCAACUGCUUAUCAGCAGUGGACUGCGGGGGGCGCAAGAGCUGUGGCUUGGGGCUCAUUGGGAUUCCAGUCCCAGCUCUGAGCAGACUUGCUGUGUGGCCCUGGGCACAUCCUUUCCCCGCUCUGGUCCUCACUUCCCCACCAGAGGAAACGGAGCUGGAGGACACCAAGGUCCUGCUGACACACCUGCCUGCCAUGUCCCUCUCUACGUACCAGGGAAGUGGAGGCAGGCCCCUUUCCCAGGCUGAGACGGCCCCGGAGUGAAGGCCUCGCCUGCGGGGGCGGGGGGGGGGGGGCUGCCAGCCGGUGUGGGCUGCAGGCACCGGCACUGGCACCGGUGUGAUCCGGAGGCAGCAGGCAGGGGAGACAGUCAACUCUGUGCUCCUUCCAAACAUCCUAUAGAUGCAAAAAAAAAUAAUAAAAAAAAAAAAAAAUAAUAAUAAUAAUCCAGACCUAAGACCUGGCCUAGGUUCCAGCAUGCAAACACGUUUACAGGAAAGUGUUGUCCCGGGUUCGGGCCCACGUGGCGCUGACCCUCACCAUGGCCUCCCGUCUCCCUUCAUGGGAAGACCCUCUGGGGGAUGUGUUUGCCAGACUCCCCAUGCUGGUUUCUUUGUUACUACUAUUUGUUUGGGGUUUUGUUUCAGUUCUUUCUCUCUCUCUCUCUCUUUUUUUCCCUUUUCUGUUUUUAAAAAAUAUGUGGCUGUGAACUUGAAUGACCACUGCUCAAACUUUAUGCUAUUGGGGGGGUGGGGGGGAAGGAGGGGCGUCUGUUUUAUUCUUGGUGUUUUCAGUGCAAUAAAUAGCUACAAACUUC